AUGUCUCAGAAAUCUCAACAUAAACGACUGAUGGACCAGCAACGUUUGGAUGUCACGGCGAAAGCACCGGAACUGCUAGGCAAUGCGGACGUAUUCCAUGCGUAUCAUGUCGUGCGUAAAAACAAUGUUCCAACGGAGAAUAUAAUUACCUUCGCAUACGACGAUAUUGCAGACAAUCCGAAAAAUCCGUUUAAAGGCAAAGUUUUUCAUCACUACGAGCACGAAGAUGUUUACAACGGUGUGGUAAUUGACUACCGUGGAAAAGAUGUCACACGGGAUAACUUCGUGAAAGUGCUGAAAGGCGAUAAGAAACUUGAAACCAACAAGAAGAAGGUGCUGAAAAGCGGUCCUGAUGACAACGUGUUCAUCUUCUUCUCCGGCCAUGGUGGGAGUUCCCAUAUUGCCUUCCUAGGAGAAUAUCUGUAUGCCAUGGAGUUGAAUGAUACCCUCGCCUACAUGCAUUCAAAAAAAACGUUCAACAAAUUGGUUCUGUACGUGGAGGCUUGCAAAUCAGGCUCUAUGUUUAAAGACGUUCUUCCUUCAAAUAUCGGAAUCUACGCGACAACUUCAGCCAAGGAAGAUGAAGAUUCCUGCGCUAUUUUUUGUUUUGACAAGGAAAUCAAUGUUUGUCUAGCAGACGAGUACUCAUUUAUCUGGCUUCUAGAUUCGCAAUACAAUGACAUAAAAAAGCGUACACUGAAGGAACAAUACGAGGAGGUGAAAAGGAAGACAGUGUUAAGUCAUGUGAUGAAAUACGGUGAAAAGACGAUGGGCAGUCUCCCAGUUGGAAAAUUCCAAGGUCAUUACGAUCUACAGAUGCACCGGAAUGACGGGGCAAUAGCAUCUCGACGCUUGACGGAAGAAUAUGAAACCGCUUUGCGAAAGUUGCACCGUGCACUUCAGCUUGGCCACAUCAUCAAGGAAACCAUUCGCGACAUCCUCAUGGAUGUGACAACUCACCAUAAGCCAGUGGUAAAGGCUUUGUCCAAGAGGGAUGAGAACUUUUGCUUCCAGGCAGUGUUCAAUCAAUUCCGGACGCGCUGCUUCACAAUUCAGCAGGCAAGUUGA